CUCUUCCUUCCCCAGCUGCCUGCAGGGAACCUGCAGCUCACUCUAUACCAGUAUAAAACGUGUCCUUUCUGCAGUAAAGUCCGGGCUUUUCUUGAUUAUCAUGGACUGCCCUAUGAAAUUGUGGAAGUGAACCCGAUAAUGAGGAAAGAGAUCAAAUUCUCUUCCUACAGAAAGGUUCCUAUCCUGCUAGCCAAUGCUGGAAGCCCUGUGCAAUUAAAUGACUCUUCAGUGAUCAUCAGUGCAAUAAAGACCUAUCUCAUUUCCAAGAGGAAUAGCUUAGAAGAGAUCGUGUCCUUUUAUCCUCCUAUGAAAACUGUAACUGAUCAAGGCAAGGAGGUAUUUGAGUAUGGGAAUAAAUAUUGGCUCAUGCUGGAUGAGAAGGAGACAAAGCGAGUCUAUCCUGUCAACGAAGUGAGAGUGGAAGAAAUGAAGUGGAGAAAAUGGGCAGAUGACUGGCUUGUUCACCUCAUCUCCCCCAAUGUUUACCGUACCCCCAGAGAAGCCUUGGCAUCUUUUGAUUACAUUGUCCGUGAGGGGAAGUUUGGUACCGUGGAAGGCUUCUUUGCCAAGUACAUGGGGGCUGUUGCCAUGUUCUUCGUUAGCAAAAGGUUGAAGAAAAGACAUCACCUUCAAGAUGAUGUCCGAGAAGACUUGUAUGAAGCUGUUAAUGAGUGGGUAAAAGCUGUUGGCAAACAUCGACUGUUCAUGGGUGGAAACCAGCCGAACCUUGCUGACUUGGCAGUGUAUGGCGUCCUCCGAGUCAUGGAAGGGCUGGAAGCCUUUGACGACAUGAUGGUUCACACCAAGAUUGAGCCGUGGUACCGGCGCAUGGAAGGAGUCAUUCAAAGAGCUGAAGCAGCAAUCUGAUGCCAGCUGCAGCUGCCUUCCUGAAGUACUUGCAUGGUAAAAAACUUCAGAAGGAAUGGCAUUUAUUUUUUUAAUGUUGAAUGGGGACUG